CGGCGGGGAUUGGCGCAGCGCGCGCCCCCUCCCCGGCCCCCGCGCGGUGGGAACCGGCAGCCCCGUCUAGCGCUGACGUCAGACCGUCUGCCUGCCUCCGACCGCGGUCUCGGAGCGAAACCCGAUCUCCUUGGACUUGAAUGAGGAGGAGGCGGCGGCGGCGGAGGCGCUCGGCUGCGGGAAGCCAGCAGCAGAGGCUCAGCCCCGGCGGCAGCGCGCGCCCCGGCUGCCAGCCCAUUUCCCGGACGCCACCCGCGGGCACUGCCGACGCCCCCGGGGCUGCCGAGGGGCGGCCGGGGGGCGCAGGGGAGCGCGGCCCCGCGCACUGAGUCCCGCAGCGCCCCGGGAACUUGGCGGCGCCCCGAGCCCGGCGAGCCGGGGUGCGCCUUCCCCGCCGCGCGCCUCCUGCAUGCGGGGCCCCAGUGCCGGGCGCCGGCCGGAACCCCCCCCGGCCGCCCCCGUGCCCCCUGCGCCCCGCGCCGAGCCGCCGCGCCGUCCAUGCACCGCUUGAUGGGGGUCAACAGCACCGCCGCCCUCGCCGCCGGGCAGCCCAAUGUCUCCUGCACGUGCAACUGCAAACGCUCUUUGUUCCAGAGCAUGGAGAUCACAGAGCUGGAGUUCGUGGAGAUCACCAUCAUCGUGGUGGUGGUGAUGGUGAUGGUCGUGGUGAUCACAUGCUUGCUGAGCCACUACAAGCUGUCCGCGCGCUCCUUCAUCGGCCGCCACAGCCAGGGCCGGAGAAGAGAAGAUGCCCUCUCGUCGGAAGGAUGCCUCUGGCCCUCAGAGAGCACAGUGUCGGGCCACGGAAUCCCAGAGCCGCAGGUCUAUGCCCCUCCGAGGCCCACCGACCGUCUGGCCGUGCCCCCCUUCACCCAGCGGGACCGCUUCCACCGCUUCCAGCCCACGUACCCCUACCUGCAGCACGAGAUCGACCUGCCACCCACCAUCUCUCUGUCGGAUGGGGAGGAGCCCCCGCCCUACCAGGGCCCCUGCACCCUCCAGUUGCGGGACCCCGAGCAGCAGCUGGAGCUAAACCGGGAGUCGGUGCGCGCACCCCCGAACAGAACCAUCUUCGACAGCGACCUGAUGGACAGUGCCAUGUUGGGCGGCCCCUGCCCCCCCAGCAGUAACUCGGGCAUCAGCGCCACAUGCUAUGGGGGCGGCGGGCGCAUGGAGGGGCCGCCCCCCACCUACAGCGAGGUCAUCGGGCACUACCCUGGGUCCCCCGCCUUCCAGCACCAGCAGAGCAGCGGGCCGCCCUCCUUGCUGGAGGGGACGCGGCUCCACCACGCGCACAUCGCUCCCCUGGAGAGCACAGCUGCCUGGAGCCAAGAGAAGGAGAAACAGAAAGGGCACCCUCUCUAGGAGUCCCGGGGGGCCGGGGCAGCAAGGAGGUAAAAGGCGAAACACUCCGCACCUCUUAGACGAGAAGACAGAGGAGGACUGGGCGGCACCACAACGUUCGGCGCGUCACCAUCCUCCCCCCCGCUCUGUGUAUAAAUAUUUACCUGUUCUGUCUGGUCUGAAUGCACAAGCUAAGAAAGCUUGCAAAAAACCCACGUUUCUUCGUUGAGCUGUGUCUUGAAGGCAAAAGAGAAAAAA